AUGGCCCACCAGACCUUGAAGCAAUUGGCCGCACCUAACUUGGCUACGCAACCACCAUCUAUCACUUAUCCUACCCUUGAUAGGCCAUUAAAGCUUAAUUCAGGAUUCCUGAACUUGUUGCCGAAAUUCAAUGGACUACCAGGUGAGGACCCUUACCGUCAUAUUAAUGAAUUUAUAAUAACUUGUUCGACUAUGCAGCCAGAUGGCAUUGAAGAGGAACAAAUCAAGCUCCGAGCUUUUCCUUUCUCGUUACAAGGGUUGCACAAAGCUUUUCUUGAGAAGUUCUUUCCAGCAUCUAGGAUAGGGUCAAUCAGAAAGGAUAUUUGUGGAAUUAAGCAACUGCAUCAGAUUAGUGAACAGCUUUUAGUACAAUAUUUUUAUGAGGGGUUGAUGCCACAAGAUCGAGGAAUGAUUGAUGCAGCGAGUAGAGGUGCAUUGGUUGAUAAAACUCUGGAGCAAGCCCGAAAUUUGAUUGCUAAUAUGACACAGAAUACACAGCAAUUCGGUCUCAGAAGGUUCGAUUUGGGUAAACGAAUGGAUGAGUGCCAGUCGAGUAUGAUGGAGGCUCAGUUAGCUAAUUUAACGGCUAUGGUAAGUAAAUUGAUGACUGGAGGUAAUGCGAAAGCUUCACUAUGUGGCAUUUGUUGUUUGGAAGGACAUACCACAGAUAUGUGUCCGACAUUACAGGAAGGGGAAGCUAACGCCGUCUUUCCAAAUCAGAGAAGAGCCUCGUCGACCGACGUUAAUCUUGGGAACUUGCAAGCACAGGUAAAUAACCGGUUACCAUCACAGCCCGUGGCAAAUCUGAGGGAUAAUGUCAGUGCUAUAACUUUGCGAAGUGGGAAGGAGUUGAGAUCAAUACUAAAGAAAGUCCAAAACAACGAUGAGGAAAACGACACUGAGGUAAAAAAGGUUCGAUUUAGUGAUAGAGCAGAGGAAAAUUUAGCCUUGCCAAAGGCUGAUUUACAACAAUCACAAGUAGCUCCAAAGGAAGCAGGGAUAUCACAUUUACAACAGCCCACUACUUCGUGCGAUACAGCGCCGUUUCCACAGCGUUUGAGGAAGGAAAAAUCAGACGACGUCAAUUCCGAAAUCCUUGAGACGUUUCGUAAGAUUAGCUUAGGCGAAAAUGUAUCUGCGGUAUUUCAAAAGAAACUUCCUAUUAAAUGUAAAGAUCCUGGAAUGUUUUCGAUACCUUGUAAGAUAGGAGACCUUAAACUUGAUAGAGCUAUGCUUGAUUUAGGAGCUUCUAUAAAUGUCAUGCCUAAGAGUAUCUACGAUAAAGUUCAAUUAGGUGCAUUAAAAGACACAGGACUGAUAAUUCAACUUGCGGAUAGGAGUAAUGCCUACCCUGAUGGUGUUCUAGAAGAUGUUCUCGUGCAAGUAAAUGAGUUAGUCUUUUCGGCUGAUUUUUAUGUUUUAGACAUGGGACCUAAUGCUAAUUCGAUUGAUGUACCCUUAGUUUUAGGUAGACCCUUCCUUAAGACAGCUAGAACGAAAAUUGAUGUGCAUAAAGGGAAUUUAACGAUGAAAUUUGAUGGUGAGAUAAUUAAAUUUAAUAUAUUUGAUGCUAUGAGAUAUCCCACUGAUAUUAAUUUUGUGUUUACUCUUGAUGUAAUUGAUAAUUUUGUUCAAGAUGUUUAUGAAUUAGGGGAUGAAGAUGAGUUGAAAAGCAUUCUAGCUAAAGGUAUUUUUGAUAUCGAUGAUCAUGAAUUUAUUGUUUCUGUUUCUUUAAUUGACUCAGUUUGUACAUUAGACUCGCCCAAAUUGACACGAUUCAAGCCGAUCCUCCCUAACCUUACGGUGAUUGGUAUGCAAGUUCCUUCAUUGAUUUUGCCACCUAAAUUAGAGUUAAAAGAGCUGCCCGAAAAUUUAAAGUACAUUUAUUUAGGGGAAAAUCAAACUUUACCAUUGAUAGUGUCGAAUGCCUUGACUGAAUCCCAAGAAUCUAAGCUACUUAGAGUCCUUAAGGAACAUAGAGAAGCUUUCGGUUGGACACUAGCCGACAUUAAGGGACUUAGUAUGACUUUGUGUACCCACAAGAUAGCCUUAGAACCGGACUCAGUCCCCAAAAGAGACCCUUAA